UCAGUGCGGUCGAUCCCCCGGCGAUUGCUUCUGUCUGGUGUGUAGAUAAGUUGCGCGAGAGGAACCUCGGAGGCGGCCGAAGCCCAGGCUGGAGGUUGGCUGGUUGCUGAACGCUGCCCCGGUGCCGAUCGGGCCAUGGGCGAGCCCGACCCCUUGGUCUCGGGGCAGCUCGCGGCCCGCCGGAGCUGGUGCUUGCGGCGGCUGGGGAUGGACCGCGAGUGGCUGCAGCUGGAAGCUGGGACUGAGGUGACCAUAGGACGGGGAUUUAGUGUCACAUACCAGCUUAUAUCAAAGGUUUGCCCUCUGAUGAUUUCCCGAAGCCACUGUGUUCUGAAGCAGAAUCCUGAGGGACAGUGGACCAUUAUGGACAAUAAGAGUCUGAAUGGUGUUUGGCUGAACAGAGAACGUCUGGCACCAUUACAGAGUUUUUGCAUCCGUAAGGGAGACCAUAUCCAGCUCGGUGUGCCGCUGGAAAACAGGGAGACGGCGGAGUAUGAAUACGAAGUCACUGAAGAAGACUGGGAGAGUCUGGCUCCCUGCCUUGCCCCGAAGAAUGACCAGAGAAUGGAAAAACAUAAAGGCUCGAGAACUAAGAGGAAAUUCAGUUCGCCUGGGUUAGAGAAUCUUCCAGCAGAGGGCUCCUCAGAUCUCAGAUGCCCACUGACUAAUGUCUCCAGUAAACCCGUUGAGCCAGAGAAGUUGCAUGGCACAGGUGACGCAGCGAGUCAGUCCUUGGGAUGCUUGUGUCCUGCGCUGAAUUCUCUGAAGGCGAGUGAGAGGGCUGCCGGGCCUCAUGCUUGCUCUGCUCUUCCAAAGGUCCUUGAACUCAGUUGUCCUAAGAAGCAGAAGGCCUGCAGACCAUCCGCAUCUCAGAACAGCUUAGAACUGUUUAAGGUGACCAUGUCCAGGAUGCUGAAGCUGAAAACACAGAUGCAGGAGAAGCAGAUAGCUGUCCUAAACGUCAAGAGGCAGACUCGGAAGGGGAGCUCAAAGAAGAUCGUUAGGAUGGAGAAGGAGCUGCGAAACUUACAGUCUCAGCUGUAUGCAGAGCAGGCUCAGCAGCAAGCCAGAGUGGAGCAGCUAGAAAAGACUUUCCAGGAGGAGGCCCAUUACCUCCAGGGUUUGGAGAAAGAGCAAGGAGAGUGUGACCUGAAGCAACAGCUGGUGCAGGCCCUGCAGGAGCAUCAGGCUCUAAUGGAAGAACUAAAUUGCAGCAAGAAGGACUUUGAGAAAAUCAUUCAAGCCAAGAACAAAGAAUUGGAGCAGACCAAGGAAGAAAAGGACAAGGUGCAAGCACAGAAGGAGGAGGUUCUCAGCCACAUGAAUGACUUGCUGGAGAACGAGCUCCAGUGCAUUAUCUGCUCGGAGUACUUCAUCGAGGCUGUCACCCUGAACUGUGCUCACAGUUUCUGCUCCUUCUGUAUCAAUGAAUGGAUGAAACGGAAAGUAGAGUGUCCCAUUUGUCGAAAGGACAUUGAGUCCAGAACCAACUCCCUGGUUCUGGACAACUGCAUUAGUAAGAUGGUGGAUAACCUAAGCUCAGACGUGAAGGAAAGAAGAAGUGUCCUUAUUAGGGAACGGAGAGGCUUACACAUCCACCGGUGGGAGUGCCUGCGUCCAGCGUGUACAUAGUAGUAGCAUCACAGGAACUGGUAGAGAAAGCACUGUGCUGUGGCGGUCAGCUCUGGGGCUAUGUGGAUUGCAUGAACUAGUGACCCAGAAAGUACUGGCACCUCAGGCUUCUUGCCAGUCUGUAGUCCUUGUGAUCGCAGAAACUGCCUUCUGCAAACAGUUGAGAGCUGACUUAGUGACCUGUAGUGAGAGCUCUUUGCCAUGUCAUCAGAAGCUGCCGUCUGUUUGGAAGCACCCAGGAGAGCUUCCCCAGCUGAGAAGACUGGCCUUCCCAAGUGAUGUCAGUCCUCUUCUGUCCAAAGACAGUCGAGAGAACCGGGUGUUCAAGAACAGGCAGUGGGAUGACCUUGAGUGUAGGCCCACCUCACAUUUAAAUAUGCCUAGUGCAUGGUCUGGUAUGGAGAGUAGCGACCCGCCUGUGUGAAGGGGAAGACCUGCUGGCUCAAGCUGGAUCCUCUUGUUGCUGGAGGCUGCCUGAGCAUCACCAUCAGCCCGCAGCCACUAGGGGCAAGCUUCCUUUCUCCCUUUACUCUACUGGCUGUGGAGAACAGGCAAAGAAGGCAGAGAUGGACGGGGCUGUGAGCCAGUGAAACAUGGGCUGCUCCUUC